GGCGCGGUGCAGAGCGAGGCAGCGGCCUGGAUGUGUGAAGCGUCCCCAUGGCUCCGCAGGAGGCCAAGCCUCAGGGCUCAAGGGAAGCUGGGCCCGCGACGCGGGGGCGCGGGGGCCGGCCCGUGGCGCGUGGGCUUGGUCAGGCUGGCUGGGGAGCCGCGCGCUGCACGGGCGUGAGGGGCCCUGGGGCCGGCGCGUCCCACGAUGCGCCCCCGCGGCCACCGACGCUGCUGCUGGGACUCCUGCUGCUGGCGGCCCUCCUGGAGCACGGCCAGGCCGACCCGGGAACAGACAAUCUACAGAUGAAUGUCACCCGGACUCCAGAGUCAUUUCCUCCCGGGAAAUUGUUACCAAUUUCACCAACAUGGCCUUUCACAGAAGUCAAGUCUUCCUCAGCAGCAGACAGAAUCAAGACUGUGCUGGGACAGUCCUCUGACAACACAAGCUUGCCACAGUCAGCCCGAACCCCUGCGUCCAAGACACACCACAGAACUAGGGCUCACGCAGACUUCUCUUCUUCCCUUUACCAAGGAAGCGAACAUAGCGCCUCCCUCGAACCUUCCAAGGAUUCUACCGAGUCCCUGGUCCAACCGGGGCCUAAAGGGGGACAAGAAGCAGCCGAUGUGUCAGGUUUGCCUCUCACCAGCAUGCUCCCCUCGUUGUCCACAGUCCCAUCAGGGACAUCCUUCAGUGCUGUCCCCCCAUCCCAGCCAGUAUGGGCAGGGACUUCCUCCAUUUCAAAGCAUCCCCCAAGGUCAGACAUUCCCCCACUCCUCCCUCCACCUCCAUCCUCUUCAUUGGCUCCUGACUCACCUCAUUCCAUCAUCUCUGAGCCAGCAGAGCAAUCCCCCAAAGUGCUGUUAGUUCCCCAAACAGCUCCAGCCGACCCCUCUUCAGGUCAGAACAUAGCUAAUCCCCUAAUCCCAUUUUCUGAUGAAAUGGACCACACUCCAUCCCAAAAUGCCCAGGAUCUCUUAGGCAUCCCUCAUCUAGGUGUUUCUGGAUCCUCAACAAAAUGGCAUUCCGAGCUGUCCCCAACAGAGGGUCCCCAUUCAGCCGGCUCAUCCACACCUGGGUUUUUGAGCCCCAUGGCAGAACUGUCCCAUCCGUCUCCCUCUCCCCCAGCACUUGGAAGUCUUCUUCAGCUUCCAGAUGGAAGCCCCUCAUGGUCAAUGUUGGAAGUGGCUUCAGGUCCUGCAUCCACCCAGCAGAUGAAAGCUGGGGUGCCUGGAAGAGUGCACAAUGGGGUGUCUUUGCCAACUUUUAAGAAUACAGAAACAGCGACCCAUGAGGCUGAGCCUCCACUUUUCCAGACUGCAGAAUCAGGGGCCAUAGAAAUGACCAGCAGAAAGCUAGCCUCUGCCACUGCAAAUGACUCUGCUAACCCGCUGCAUUUGUCAGCAGCUCCAGAGAAUUCCAGAGGGCCCGCCCUUUCGGCAGAACACACCUCUUCUUUGGUGCCUUCUCUGCAUAUCACCACACUGGGUCAAAAGCAAGCCAUCCUUUCUGGGGCGGUUCCCGCAUCACCAUCAACUGGGACAGCCGACUUUCCCUCCAUACUUACUUUCCUCCAGCCCACAGAGAAUCAUGCCUCCCCAUCUCCUGUGCCAGAAAUGCCCACUCUUCCAGCAGAGGGCAGUGAUGGGUCCCCUCCUGCAACUAGAGACUUGCUCCUCUCAAGCAAAGUUCCUAAUCUUUCCACAUCUUGGACAUUUCCCCGGUGGAAAAAGGACAGUGUGACAGCCAUUUUAGGGAAAAAUGAAGAGGCAAAUGUGACGAUUCCUCUCCAGGCCUUUCCAAGGAAAGAGGUUUUGAGUCUUCACACUGUAAAUGGAUUUGUCUCUGAUUUCAGCACAGGUAGUGUCUCAUCUCCCAUCAUUACAGCACCAAGGAUGAAUCCCCUUCCUUCAGGAUCACCUCUACCUUCCAUACUCUCCAUACAAGCCACCCAGACUGUUUUCCCAUCUCUUGGCUUUUCCAGCACCAGGCCAGAGGCUUAUGCAGCUGCUGUGGACCAUUCUGGGUUGCCAGCUUCAGCUUCCAAACAGGUGAGAGCAUCGCCCUCCUCCAUGGAUGUAUAUGAUUCCUCAACAAUAGGAGACAUGAAAAAGCCAGCAACCACAGAUGUUUUCUGGAGUUCUCUUUCAGCAGAAACUGGAUCUCUUUCCACAGAAUCAAUAAUAUCUGGCUUGCAGCAGCAAACAAAUUAUGAUUUAAAUGGACACACAAUUAGCACCACAAGUUGGGAAACUCAUUUAGCUCCAACAGCUCCUCCCAAUGGUUUAACUUCAGCUGCCGAUGCCAUAAAAUCUCAGGAUUUCAAAGAUACUGCUGGGCAUUCAGUGACUGCAGAAGGGUUUAGCAUUCAGGAUCUAGUCCUCGGUACAAGCAUUGAGCAGCCUGUGCAACAGUCAGACAUGACCAUGGUUGGAAGCCAUAUAGACCUCUGGCCCACAAGCAAUAACAACCAUUCCAGAGACUUCCAAACAGCUGAAGUUGCAUAUUACUCACCCACAACUCAACAUUCCGUGUCUCAUCCUCAGCUACAGGUGCCCAACCAGCCAGCACAUCCUCUUUUGCUAACCUCACCAGGACCAACUUCUACAGGUAGCUUGCAGGAAAUGCUUUCAGAUGGAACAGAUACAGGUUCUGAAAUUUCCAGUGACAUCAAUUCAUCACCUGAGAGAAAUGCUUCCACACCAUUCCAGAACAUCUUGAGAUAUCACUCUGCUGCUGAAUCUUCUAUAUCGACCAGUGUCUUUCCCAGGACCUCCUCCAGAGUGCUGCGGGCUUCUCAGCACCCCAAGAAAUGGACAGGUGCAGCCACUAAUGCAGCGGACACAGUAUCAUCUAAGGUAGAGCCAACAGCAGCAGCUGCCGUCACAUUGUUUCUGAGGAAAUCAAGUCCACCUGCACUGUCUGCAGCCCUGGUUGCUAAGGGCACCAGCAGCAGCCCUUUGGCCGUGGCCUCAGGACCAGCUAAGAGCAGUUUGAUGACUACUCUUGCUAAAAAUGUCACAAACAAGGCCGCAUCUGGCCCAAAGAGGACACCAGGGGCAGUCCAUACAGCCUUCCCAUUCACACCAACCUACAUGUAUGCAAGAACAGGACAUACCACGAGCACACAUACAGCCAUGCAAGGAAACAUGGGCACUGCCUCUGGCCUGUUGUCUACAACUUACCUCCCCAGGAAACCACAAGCCAUGCACACCGGCCUCCCAAACCCCACCAACCCGGAGAUGCCCAGAGCAUCCACGCCACGCCCACUGACAGUCACGGCCGCGCUGACAUCCAUUACAGCCUCAGUGAAGGCCACCCGGUUGCCACCAUUGCGAGCAGAAAACACAGAUGCUGUCCUUCCUGCUGCAUCGGCUGCAGUGGUCACGACUGGCAAAAUGGCAUCCAACCUGGAGUGUCAGAUGUCCAGUAAGCUCCUGGUGAAGACAGUUCUCUUUCUCACCCAAAGGAGAGUGCAGAUCAGUGAAUCCUUGAAGUUCAGUAUCGCCAAAGGGCUCACACAGGCAUUGCGGAAGGCUUUCCACCAGAACGAUGUCUCAGCUCACGUGGACAUUCUGGAAUAUUCUCAUAAUGUCACAGUUGGUUAUUAUGCUACCAAAGGGAGGUUGGUGUAUUUGCCUGCUGUGGUGAUCGAAAUGCUGGGUGUGUAUGGAGUCAGCAAUGUCACUGCAGACCUGAAGCAACACACCCCACACUUACAGUCUGUGGCAGUACUUGCCUCCCCAUGGAAUCCCCAGCCUGCAGGCUACUUCCAGCUAAAAACAGUGCUGCAGUUUGUGAGCCAAGCGGACAACAUACAGUCCUGCAAGUUUGCUCAGACAAUGGAACAGAGGCUGCAGAAGGCAUUCCAGGAUGCCGAGAGGAAAGUCCUGAAUACCAAAAGCAACUUGACAAUUCAGAUUGUGAGCACGUCCAAUGCCUCCCAGGCAGUCACCUUGGUGUACGUCGUGGGCAAUCAGAGCACAUUCCUCAACGGCACCGUCGCCAGCAGCCUCCUCAGCCAGCUCUCAGCUGAGCUGGUGGGAUUCUACCUCACCUAUCCGCCGCUAACCAUUGCUGAACCACUGGAAUAUCCCAACCUUGACAUAUCAGAAACAACCAGAGACUAUUGGGUAAUUACAGUGCUGCAGGGUGUGGACAAUUCGCUGGUGGGCCUGCACAACCAGAGCUUUGCCCGGGUCAUGGAGCAGCGCCUGGCCCAGCUAUUCAUGAUGUCCCAGCAACAAGGCCGGCGGUUUAAACGGGCCACCACCCUGGGAAGCUACACUGUGCAGAUGGUGAAGAUGCAGCGUGUCCCAGGCCCGAAGGACCCAGCGGAGCUGACUUACUAUACCCUGUACAACGGGAAGCCUUUGUUGGGGACCGCAGCUGCCAAGAUCCUGAGCACCAUUGAUUCCCAAAGGAUGGCCUUGACCCUGCAUCACGUUGUCCUUCUGCAAGCUGACCCCGUGGUGAAGAACCCGCCCAAUAACCUGUGGAUCAUCGCCGCGGUGCUGGCGCCAAUUGCCGUGGUCACGGUCAUCAUCAUCAUCAUCACUGCCGUGCUCUGCAGGAAGAACAAGAACGACUUCAAGCCUGACACCAUGAUAAACCUGCCGCAGAGAGCAAAGCCUGUGCAAGGCUUUGAUUAUGCCAAGCAACACCUGGGCCAGCAAGGGGCAGAUGAGGAGGUCAUCCCUGUGACUCAGGAGACGGUGGUUCUCCCGCUGCCCAUUAGAGAUGCUCCUCAGGAAAGAGACGUCGCUCAGGAUGGAAGCACCAUCAAGACCGCCAAAUCCACUGAAACCAGGAAGAGCAGGUCGCCCAGUGAGAAUGGCUCUGUCAUCAGCAACGAAUCAGGGAAGCCCAGCUCAGGGAGACGCUCACCCCAGAAUGUAAUGGCACAGCAGAAAGUGACAAAGGAGGAGGCAAGGAAGAGAAAUGUGCCAGCAAGUGAUGAAGAGGAGGGAGCGGUUCUAUUUGACAACUCCAGCAAGGUGGCCGCUGAACCCUUUGACACAUCUUCUGGGUCUGUGCAGCUCAUUGCCAUAAAACCCACAGCCCUCCCCAUGGUGCCCCCCACCUCGGACAGGAGCCAGGAGUCAUCGGCCGUCCUCAACGGCGAGGUGAACAAAGCCCUGAAGCAGAAGUCAGACAUCGAGCACUAUCGGAACAAGCUGCGCCUCAAAGCCAAGAGGAAGGGAUAUUACGACUUCCCUGCAGUGGAGACGAGCAAGGGUCUGACCGAAAGAAAAAAGAUGUAUGAAAAAGCCCCGAAGGAAAUGGAGCAUGUUUUGGAUCCAGAUUCAGAACUCUGUGCUCCAUUCACCGAGUCUAAAAACAGGCAACAGAUGAAGAACUCUGUCUACCGAAGCCGGCAGUCUCUGAACAGCCCGAGUCCAGGGGAAACCGAGAUGGACCUUCUGGUGACUCGGGAGCGACCCCGGCGUGGAAUCCGCAACAGCGGAUACGAUACUGAGCCUGAAAUCAUAGAGGAAACCAACAUUGACAGAGUUCAUGAGCCCCGGGGCUAUUCCAGGUCUCGACAGGUGAAAGGCCAUUCGGAGACCUCCACACUGAGCUCCCAGCCAUCCAUCGACGAGGUCAGGCAGCAAAUGCACAUGCUGCUGGAGGAGGCCUUCAGCCUGGCAUCCGCGGGCCACGCAGGCCAGAGCCGGCACCAAGAAGCCUACGGCUCAGCCCAGCACCUGCCCUAUUCGGAGGUGGUGACCAGCGCUCCAGGGACCAUGACGCGGCCCAGGGCUGGGGUGCAGUGGGUGCCGACCUACCGCCCAGAAAUGUAUCAGUACAGUCUGCCCCGGCCGGCUUACAGGUUUUCCCAGCUUCCUGAGAUGGUCAUGGGCUCACCGCCUCCACCCGUACCUCCCCGGACUGGUCCUGUGGCUGUCGCUUCUCUCAGGCGAUCCACCUCAGACAUCGGCAGCAAGACCAGAAUGGCCGAGUCUACAGGGCCCGAGCCGGCCCAGCUGCAUGACAGCGCCUCCUUCACGCAGAUGUCCAGAGGCCCCGUGUCCGUGACGCAGUUGGAUCAGUCGGCUUUAAAUUACUCAGGUAAUACGGUGCCAGCAGUGUUCGCCAUCCCAGCUGCCAACAGACCUGGCUUCACCGGCUACUUCAUCCCAACGCCUCCCUCAUCCUAUAGGAACCAGGCCUGGAUGUCCUAUGCAGGAGAGAAUGAGCUCCCGAGCCAGUGGGCAGAUUCGGUGCCCCUCCCAGGGUACAUUGAGGCCUACCCCCGAUCCCGGUACCCACAGAGCUCUCCCUCCAGGCUUCCUCGCCAGUACAGCCAGCCAGCCAACCUGCACCCCAGCCUGGAGCAGGCCCCGGCGCCCUCCACAGCGGCCUCGCAGCAGAGCCUGGCAGAAAACGACCCAUCUGACGCUCCCCUGACCAACAUCUCCACUGCGGCCCUUGUGAAGGCCAUCCGGGAGGAGGUGGCCAAGCUGGCCAAAAAACAGACAGACAUGUUUGAGUUCCAGGUCUAACGCCUAGCCCCGUGGGACUCUGGACUUCCGAACUCUGAGGACACAGCCUUUGGGUUUCCCAUGCCUACGUGUUAGGACUUGAGACAUAGCAAUGGGUGAGUCUUUCUCACCCUCCAUUUCUGAAAAGGUGAACUAUGGGGCUUCUGGGAACAGGAAACUCUUGGACAACUAGAUUCUUGGCUCAUCCAACUGAUUGUGGGUCAAGUCCCUGGCUUGGGGCCUUAUGUUUGAUACUCUCUCAUGUCAAAUGUUUGAACUGUGGGCAUAUUCCCUAUGGAAGCUUAGUCACAAGAGGCACUAGCUAAUCUACAGAUUCCUAUCCAAUGCCACAUUUUAAUGGAUCACCGGAAGCGGGAGAAUGUAGCUCUUAUCUUCGGUGACCUCUGCAUGUUAACUCUGUUUCUGUGUUAAAGGCAGUGCAGGAGUGUGGAUUAAGCACCAGACUGUAUUGUCAUUCAACCAUGACCGUGCGCAUUAAAAUCAGUUUGUAAGGGAGACACUGACUCCAGCCAAGAAACCUGAGCCCGUUUUUUUUAGGUUCAUAUUCAAAGUCAAAUGAACUGGAUGAAAGUCAGUACCAAUGGCUGUGCCUAUAAAUAGACCUGAUUCUUUGUUUCCCUCGUCAAUUAAACAAAGGCCAAGAAAGAGAGAAGAUGAUGAGAGGGAAUGGUGGAUUUGCGUUGACAGAUUUUUUAAAAGGUGUUGCCAUUUUGGAAAUAAAAGUCCCCUACAAGUUAGGAUCUAACUGAAAGAGAAUCGGUGCUAAGAGCUUUUAGGAUCCUACAAAAGAAAUACAGUUAUUUGUGAAGGUUUUUCUUUGCCUUGUUUUGAAGGUGGCCUGAGAAUGGAGCUUCUCUUUUUCUUGGGAUAAUAGAUACAUCAACUUUUGCAAGAAAAUCUCUGUCUCUUCAACAGUGAUGUCCAGUGUGUGCUGCUGAGUGGUACAAAAGGAAAUAGUACUUGAUUCCUGUUAGAAACAGGAGUGGUAGAACCACAGUCUUCCCAGGCCGCAGCCUCUGUUUAUAGAAGCUUCUGAAUGUAGAAAAGCUGUUGAAUUUCAUUUAAAUGUAAAUAACCUUUUAAAAAGCGUGUGGAGUUAGCCAGUUCCCCCUAGUUAAUGGACAUAGGAAGACAUUUGCUGAAAUGGUAGGGUGGCCACUUUGUGACCAUGAUGUUGCAAGUUGCCCCCCCGGCAUGGUGAGUUGGCUUCCAGAGCUGUGGGUAGAGGACAUCGCCUCACAGCACUGAGGCACCAGCCGCUGCUUACCCAUCAGUGCAAGCAAAACAGCUACUGACUUUGUGUAGCAGGGAGAUUGGGGACUCGUUCCCUCGCCAAGUGUGACAGCCUGUGCAGUGUUGGGGGCUUACUUGGUAUCUGUUGGAGAAUGAGGUCCUGUCCUGCUUUCACCCAUGACCCAUCUAGCUUCAGCUGUAUCCAUUUUCUUCUGAGCCCAUCUUCCAUUGUCCUCAACGAGUUUCUUUGGUCUUUACUGAAAGAAGAUAGUAGAAAUUUAAAAGUUGAGAGAAGACUAGAAAUGGAACUGAUUAGAAGGGGAGGUUCAAGCUGUCAAUGCACAGACUUUUCAAAGAAGUUGUUUAUAUUUUCCAAUGGCAAAUUGCCCUUUCUGGAAUGUUCAGAGAUGAUGUGUCAUGGAACCUUCAAACAAGUCUCUUGUUCAGAUGAUAAUAGGUAGUGUCCUUUUAGUAUGCUGGUUGAUCUUUCAUAGCGUUAGUGUUUUGUUACUUAAAAAGGAAAUCAGCUAUAAAUAAAAUGUAUUUUUGUAA